CUCCCUUCCCUCUCCCCCCCUGGUGCUGUUUGCUCUGGUUACAUGAGCUCACACAGAAGAGAGUUAGAGGCCGUGGAUGAAGACAUUUACCUGGAGACGACAAAAAUAAAAAGGGCCUCAACGCACACGAGCCGCGGAAGAAAAUCCUGAGGAGAAAAGAGAGUAGAGCUAUCUAGAUGAUGAAGUGUGUUGUUGUGUUGCUGAGCCUCCUCUCUGUGGGACGCUCGGCUCCUGAGAGCGGCUGCGACCGUCUGGUUCAACCAAUCACCAUCAGCAAUGAACAGAUGCUUGGUAGGUGGCUGUACAUCGGGGGGAGCACUGACCUCCCGGGAAGCCGCUCUCUGGGCCACCUGCUGACCAGUGUCUGGUUGGACAUCGCUGCCACUUCCCAGAGCAACAUCCUGAACAUCAUCCAGACUCAGAGAAUAUACGGUGAUUGUUCGAGCUUAACCUACAACGUGACCUUUGAGAACAGCACGAUGUUAAUAGAGCAACCUUUCCACCUGAAGGAAGUCUAUCUGCCGACUGAUUGCUCCGACUGUCUGGUCGUCUAUGAAGAAGUUAUCUCUGGAACAGACACGUUUACCAGUCUUCUGCUUUUCAGCAGAAGAAAGAGUGUCUCUGCCGUCCCUCAGGAGAUGCUCAUGAGACAGGCACAAUGUCUCCGCAUGCAGUCGCCCAUAAUGAUAAACCCCAACUAUGAAAUCUGUCCGGACAACAUCCUGCCGGAGGAGGGACUCAGCGCCUUCAACUCCUUGUUUGAAGCCAAGAUGGGACAUCGAGUUGCGAGACUUCUGGACAGUUUUUUUGAUAUGUUUGUGAACUGAUUUAUAAUUAGAGUCGAUUUGUGUCAUGAGUCAUUUUGAAUGAGUAAACAUACAUUUUUACUGAUUGAGAGUAACAGAAUGUAAUAAAUACAAUAAAUAAUUGGUCAAAUGUA